CGCUCAUUUCUGAAUAUGGCCGCCCGCCUCUAUCCAAAAUAGGCCCGCAACGGGGGCUUUUUGUCAAAGAAAUGCCCCAAACUGGGAAGUAUCAGUCCUAAAUUUAUAGAAAUAUUUCUAUGAUGCCUCCUGAUUAUGGCCUGUCCUAUUGUAAAAAUCCUGUGAGAUCACAAAAUAUUAAUGAGCUCGCGUGCAGAAAUACAACCAUUUGGUGGAAUUCACCCCUAUGCGAUAAGUACCCCAAGACACGCCCCCCUUUUUCUUCCGCUCAGAGCGGUUAAUAAUUCCGCAAACAGGCGAGCUUUUAGUAACUUAACAAUGUGUGGUAAGUGUCAACAUCUGAAAACAAUUCGAUUUUUUCGCGCUUGCAGUUUACAGACGGACGACCUCUAUAUUUCGAAUUGUCGUUGCUUGUUGGUAAUAUGCGUCCACUACAAUGCUCUGAAUCAUUGGCUUAAAUUUGUUUGCCGUUUUACAGUGGCGUAAAUCUGUUUUGGAAAUUGGGGGAUGGGGCGGGGAAAGGUGUGGAGGGGGAGGACUUGCGCGCUAUGGAAAUUUGAAAAGUGGGGGGGGGUGGACACCAUAUUUGCUUUAUGGGUGCGAUGUUCAUGAUUAAGAUGUACAUCUGUAAUGUAUAUCAAAUUUAUGUAGAAUCUUACUUCAUAGUGGUAUAUUCACGGCUUUUGAAAAUUGCUUUUCCUUUUUAGUGAUAUCGCAAACAUUUCUGAAAAUUCUUCACAGUCCGCUUUAGUUUUUUUUGAUCAUCGCAAAAAGUGUGUGGGGAGAUGAUUCAAUAGCCCACCCCCCCCACAACAAGGGGAGGGAUAAAUACCACCCCCCCUCCCCCGGGAUUUACACGAUGGCUGUUUACAUAUAAAAGUUCAGUGACAAAAGAGAAGCCUGUUUUUAUUAGGAAAUGUCUCCUAAUUAAGUGCAGUGAAUUUGCCAGCAUUUUUUGUGUCUUCAAAAGUGGUCUGAUAUUGAACUGAAGUGUUAGAUUAGACUUGAACAUACUAAAAAAGUAACAGGGUUUUAUGUUUUUUCCUAGCUUGACAUUAAAAUCACCAAAUCAAGUAGAAAAGAUCGCGCAAAGGGACGGUUUUUAAAAACUUAAUCAUCUUGAAAAUACAUUUCGAAAAAAAUACGUCUUGAAAAUUGAUCAUUUGUAUUAAAAUUCUAGAUGUGCCUUGAAAUGCUACAUGGAUGGAUUUUAUUUUGCCCACCAGAUUGUGUUUGUCAUUUGCACGUGCGUCCGUCAAUGGAUAAAAUACCUUCCUUUGUCUUGUAGCUAUUUGACUAAUCAGAAAACCAUGUAAAGUUAGAUGUUUAUGUCCCCUAUCGAUUUGGGAGAUGCUAUACAAUCCAUACCAAUUUACCCCUCAGUGAGAACUGUUGUCUCACAACGGAGAAGAGUAGCACAGUUAGUUGUUUCAUUGUAUGCAGCCGCUGGAUUCACAUGGUUCACGUGGAAUGCUUAGGCUAGAAGUUCUUAGUGGCAGACUCUUUACGUAUCAUUAUUGCCCUGUACAAGUUUCACUAUGCUGCCCUUUCCAUUUUCGCUUCUCGGUCUUCUGUGUUCAAGCUGGAGUCGAAUUAAGAUCACAAGUAUCCGUUUCGCAAUUUUUGAAAGCUGUGGCACUGUUACGAGUUGUAUCUAUUUUUCGUUAUUGUACUAAUCAUUUGGAUGCAUAAUUUCGUCAUUGAUCAACUUAAAAUAAUUUGAGUUUAGUUACGAAUUAAGAAAGCUUGCACAAAUGCUGUAAUUCUGUAAAUAAUUGGUGAGCUGAUCUGAAAUUAUUUGUACAUAAUGAGACGGGAAAGUUUUUAUUUUUGCAUUAGAAUUAUAUUAUGUUUGCAUUUCAUGGUACACUUUGGACUUCAAAUGCAAUUGUACUGUCUGUAAUUAACAUUACCUUUGUGGACAUGAAAAUAAGGUUUGUGAAUAAGAUGAACAUGUGCGGAGCUAUUCAGCGGUUUGACUAGUUUCCUUGAGUGUUAACAUUCUAAGUAGUUUCAGGUAAGCUGUCCCUCAUGCGGGUAGUUGCGCACCUGUCAAAGAUCUCAAACAUAGGUGGUACGUUCAUAUAAUGCAAAUUAAAUACGAACGGGAAAGAGGUUACGAGAUUAACAACUUAAGCAGCUGCUUGACAAUUUUCGCUCUCAGGGCCUUUUUUCCCCAUUUAAGUCAUGCACGAGGUAUACUUUUAUCUGGAAAAGAAGCUCAUCCCUUUGCCUUACAAAUUUUAGAGAGGGAAGCACAGGUGUGACAAUGCCUUGUGGGUAGCUUUUUAUCCUAAUAAAUGCACUUGUUUGCUGCUCACACAUUUGUUCCGUAUACUGACCUAUAUUUAGAAACACAUUACUAAUCAGUGUAGUUUGUCUAUCAGCAAACUUCAGUUAAACGCUUUGUUUAUCUAUGUCUCUGGCCAAUGGGUGCCAUGGUAAUGGACUGUGGAACCAGACAGAAAAGUUCAUUAACACUGUAAAACUUGAUAGUAAAUCCGUCAUUGGGAAAACCGUGUUGGUGGUCUGAGGUACACUGCAUGGAAGGACGCUGAGACUGUACGAUAUUUUAACAGAAGCAUCUGAACUAAAGGAUUGAACUGGAAAUGGCGAUCAACGCGAACUAUUCAGUGGGAUGCAGCAUAUGCGUCGGCGUGUUUCACGUUCUUUUCGGUCUGUCGAGUUGCGGAUGUGGUAUCGCCUCUAUCGUCUUUGGAACUCCAUACUAUGUGACAGGCUUAGGAAUAUGGGCUGGUGUGGCGUUCUAUUUCGUGACAGGAAUUCUGGCCUUUGUUUCGGGGAAAAGAAACAACUGUGUGAUUACAGCGCACUACAUCAUGGCGUUGUUUUCUGUCUUGGUUUCGAUGUCGCAAAUGGGUCUUUAUUCCUGGGCGCUGUACGUUGUGAUGGAUUACUGCUGGAGUUACGACCUAACUUCGUGUCUGUUACAAUGGUCCGGAGCCUUGCCAAUCGCAUUCAUCGCUAUUGGUCUGGGCGAGUUGAUAGUCGCGGCCGUGUCUUGUUGCAUAUCCUGCAGCUGCUGCAAAGCUUCAGCACCACCUACCCAGACGAUUGUGCUCCAGACCGGCCCGCUUGUACCAUCCAAUGCAGUUUACGCUGGUCAAGCUGGUGUCCUAGGCCAAUCAUCGUACAAUGGACAAGGAGUGGGAGGUGCGCCAAUACUCAGUGGGCAACCAGCAGGUGGCAUCCAAGCUGCGGUUGUAACAACUGCUAGUGGUGCAGAUGGACACCCGACCACGACCCACGUUAACCAAGGCUUCCUGUACGAAACCAGACUGCCGCACACUCCCUUUGUCUAAAUUGCACCAGAGCCUGUUCAGACACUAGAAAAACUAUGUAGUGUUAAUUUUUUCUCUCGAUUCCUCGCCAGAAGUCUUCGAUUAGUGACUACUUCGGAUUGUUACACUUGGAUUGUUAUGCCUUGGAUUUGUAUGCAACGCUCACUUCUUAUGCCCCUGGCGUGAUCGAUAUAGCCAAGAUUUGCUUUGGAAAUCUUUCGAGAGCCUCCAUUCAGGUCUGAGAUAUCUCUGCUUUUGAGUAAACAUCACAGGAGAAAUGUGUUCGACGCGGAUCGGUGGUGUCAGCGUGUUACCGGCGGUGGGCAGCGGGGUAGUCAAGGAGGGUGAUCACACCCUGACGCGGUCCCCGUCGGACUCCGGAACCAAAAUUCUCAAGGAGGGGAUUGUUGAUAAGGAAUCGCAUGGUAUCAUCUACUCCUGGCGGUCGAGGUUCUGCAUACUGACGCAGGACUCUUUGACUAUCUUCAGAUCGGACCCAAGACGAAAAGGAGGAGGAGUGGCCGAAGAAGACAAGAGAAGGAGAGCUUCAUCGAUAUCAGAGAGGGCAGAGAAGAAGAAUAUCUUGUACCGUCUCCCCCUUGAGGAGAUUUCCUCCAUGUCCAAUAUCGACAAAGGCCGACGGCAUAUUCACUUUACCAUCUGCACCAAGCAAGGUGUCUUUGCUCUGCGAGUGAACUUGGGUCAGCGAGACUGGCUGACUCAGAUUCAGCUGGCUGUGGCGGACCGGCGCAGCAGAAAUGACUUCAUGAGGGAGCUCAAGACGCGAACCUCGGUGGUUGCUAACAAAUACCGCAAACACAAUCACCGCAGGUUGUCCUUUUCCAAGGAAGAGGAUUAUGGGGAUGGUAUUGGCAUCACGAUUCGAAACGAGGCAGAUUCCAUCGUUAUUGCUCGAAUAUUCGCAGAUGGUCCCGCGGCUAAGAAAGGAACCCUUCGACCAGGAGACGAGAUUGUGGAGGUUGACGGGAAGCCAGUACGUGGUUACAACGCCGAACGCGUCGCCGGUCUGAUCAAAGGAAUGCCUGGUCACGUGGUGCUCACUGUCAAACCCACGUGGGUGGACAGGGGCACUAACACAUCCGCUGCUGAUUUCGCUUUGUCCAGGCCAUUGUAUCCAAAGCCCAACAAUCUCAGAGGGCGAGCACGCCCUCAUUCGCUUGCAGAUGUUGCCGUGUCAACCGACCCUGAAGUCCCCAGUGCCACCAACGUUGUGAAUGACGUCUCGUCAAUGUCACCCAUCGAUAGGAAGAAGUUCACCCGUUGUCCAGUCAAGAAUAAGAACAAGGAAACUUCAGAAAACCGUUUGUCAUUGCCAUGAGAAGGGAGCUCGUCAUUAGAGAGAAAACAUUGUGAAAGAAUGAAUGUUUCGGAUAUGACGACUUCCUACUGGCAUAGGUCAUACACUCACUCACAUAUGGUGGCGAAACAGGGUAUAGAGGAUGUGCAUGACUGCCAUCUUGCAGGCCAGUGCUUUAGGUCCACAGGGUAUACACCAAGGAAGUUUCCCUGUGGAACGAAAAACCUGACUUACAAGAUGGUACCACGCAAAGCCUCUAUAGCAUGUCAGAGCAACUUUUUGACAGUAACAAAAGUGUGAAAUUCAAGAGUUGUCGUCAUAUACGAUAAAUGAUGCAACAUAAACUUGAGAAACAAGAGAAUAGAAUCUUCGAAAAGUGUGCUGCAAUUUUAUUUAACUGUCCCAAGAGUUAACACAAAUUGUCACAAAUGUAGCGGAACAAGUCAGUCCAACUUCUGACAUCCAGCGAACCAGGACUCUUGUUUGAUGAUGGUUGAGUAGCAGUGAAAGAGAGCCUUAAUUUCAAUUACAGCCCAGGUAUUGCCUAUGGCUUCUUAGCAGACACAGCGUCACAGACGUAGGCCUAACUCUUGGAGCAGCUUCAGACAUUUUGCCCAAAUGCUACCUGAUGACACAUUUCCGCAUCAUUUGUGUAGUUCCGUUCCGGAUUGCUGUCCAAGGCGUUCCAUAGGUUAUUUUCUAAGACAGUCCAUACACAAGCGUAGAUAUGUAUAUAAAGACGUAAGCUUUGAGCAUCGACAGUUCAUAUUGCCGUGCUUUUUGCAAUUAAUUUUUGUAUCAUAAAGUCUUUCUGAACACUUAAGGUAGCAUAUUAAGUUUCCUUAUCUAUACAAAUUACUUGUCUUCCUUUAAGAUGAUUUAAAUAUGUAUUAUAUGAAUCUUUCUUCCAUUGAUUUGAUAAGGGCACUGUAAACAGUUUGAGAAAGUCACAAAAGGAAAAGAUUCGUUGUGUAUUAAGUAACCGUUUGAAUCUUUUGACAGGAAAUCAAGCAUUUUAUGGUAUAUGCCCCUCAUAAAAAAUCGGAAAUUUUCUGAACGGUUACUAGACUUUUCACAAAUGAAAAAUACAUUUAUAGAGUUCUAUACAAAUAAUGCGUACUACGUACUAAUUCAAUUGGUGUAUAUACCCGUGUGUAAACACCAGGGGAAAUGUAAAAUUUUGUUUAGCCUAUAGCUUUUAGGAAUCAUUCUCAUCAAAAUAAUAUUAUGCGGUAUACUUACAAAGGCAAAAUUUUCAACUUACUCUUGUGUUGAAGCUAUUACUAUUGUGUAUUAUGUUCUCGAGAAUGGGCGUUACUUCUUUUAUAUAUUUGUACUAUAUAAACAUAAUGAGACGAAAAGAUAUUAAUGUGGAUUUAAAUAAUGAUACUCGAUCGCUAUUUACAACCAUUUUAAACGAUUAAUUUCGUUUUGUAAAUUCA